AUAUCUAAACCCCUUGUUUGGUCGUGCGCAUAGGCUCUUUGGUUCUUUGGUGUUGCUCUCACGCUUUUUGGUUUUAUCAGCACUCUGGACACAUCCCUUCAUUUCGUUUCUGCGCUCUUCGGAUUCAAGAUCUAGGUUUACAAAAAUCCCGAAGCGGCCCAGCCUCCAUCAGUAUGCCGCUUCCUGGUAGUCAUCGCCCCUUGGCUAAGAAUCGGGUAAACAACGACAUCCAGUAACCAGCGCCUCUCACCCGAUGUUGACUCAUAUCUUUUGACAAUAGUAUAUCUUACUGAGUUUGAAGCUUAAGGUCCAUUUGGAACUUCAGAGCAAGUCAAUCGGAACGUGUAUAUAUGUAUUUAUCUGUUUUUUCCAGAUCAUGAACAUCGAGGCAUAUUUUGGAUUGCUUUAAUCUCUUGCACGUUAUUUAAGUAGUUACAUUUGAUAUGGACUAGCUUCGUUUAUUCAGAAAGAAUGUACUAAGAAUCUUGGGGUGUCAGCUGAAGAGGGAAUAAGAUCGUGUUGCUUCAUUAUUUAAAAGCUUAACCCGGUGUAGCUGACUUCGUUUUUGUAUGGAGAAAAGCUUUACCAACUGAGCAUAUCUUAAUGGAUACAAUAGAAGAUGCACAACAAGGUCAAUAUCCUUAUUUUGUUGAUAAUAGAAGAACCAAUAGGGUUGGCCCUGCAAUACUUCAAUUCGGAGGGUAGGUGAGGCCUCUCAGUAUGUGAAGUUGAAGGAAUUGUUAGUGGACGGGUCAUGGCUGCAAGCAUUGCUAGAGGAGUUUGAGAAAUUGUGUGUUAAAAACUUGUGGUGUUCUGCUUCUAAAUGUUGUUCUUACUGGUAGUUGACGCAGUAUCCACCAAGCUGGUUGUAAGCUAAGGUGGCAUAUAUAUAAAUAAGUAUGCAAAUGGAUGGCUUAUGUGAACCUCAAAGAAAGUUCAUAUUGAUUAAGUUGCUAUUGAAAGAAUAGAUAUAAACCCUGAUGGAGUGGGAGAUACAAUUUUUGGUACUGUCUUGGACAAGGGCUCUCGAAUUUCCGUUGAAUGUAGAAUGGCUACUUUUUAUGCUGUUCUUCCUGGAGGACCAGCUAGAGCAAGCUUGCUUUGGGUGUCUAUGAUAAUGUUAUUGGCAAUUUGACACACUAUGGGAUCCUACUACCAGUGAAGAACUUGUUGCAGUCAACUGAAGGAGAAGAAUAUAUAUUCCACACCAAAACAAAGUGAAGAUCCACAUGUUGGACCUCGUCAACUGAAAGAGAUUUAUCAAUGGACCUUCCGGGAUUACAGAGAGGUAGCUCUGAAACACUUGGAGGGUACUAAAGACUCUGCUGACUCAAACCUUCUUCAAAAGGCUCAUGUUAACUAUGAAGGGGUCGCUAAAGCUUCAAACCCGCUUCUCGUUUAUUUCUCCAUCAUUGGGCAUCGUUUGUUAAUUAUUAAAUGCCUAAGAUGGUUAAGUGUUCCAUUUCCGUUAAAACAGUUGGACGGCAAAUCCCAUUUAACGCUGCAUCUUACUUUCUUCCGUUGAGCUCUCGUGUCGAACGCUUCUGUUGACAGGGAGCACCUUGGCGCUGUUCAAACGUGUGUGUGAGCUGCUCCCUUGCCAUGAAUAUCUAAACACUUGUUUGGUCGUGCGCAUAGGCUCCUUGGUUCUUUGGUUUUGCUCUCACGCUCUCUGCACUUGAGGAGUGUUUGACUUUGAUGAUUCGGAAGGAGAGUGAAAACUUGCCUUCAUGCGAUUACCUGAAGAGAUUGAGGAAUGGGAAGAUGGAUGUUGCCUCUAGAGAUGAGGUUCUUGACUGGAUUGCAAAGGAGAGUAAGAGCUGGAUGAUGCAGCUUUUAGCUGUUGCUUGUUUGUCUAUAGCAGCCAAAAUGGCGGAAACUGAUGUCCCCCUCUCUCUAGAUUUACAGACUGGGGAUAGCAAGUAUGUGUUUGAAGGUAGAACCAUUCAAAGAAUGAAGCUUCUUGUGUUGACUACACUUAAAUGGAGAAUGCAGGCAGUCACUCCAUUCUCAUUUAUGGAUUACUACCUCACGAAGAUAAACAGUGAUCGAAUUGCUUCAUGUUCUUCCAUUGUCAAAUGCACAGAACUCAUACUGAGCACACUUAAGGGGAUUAACUUUAUAGAAUUCAAGCCAUCUGAGAUUGCAGCAGCUGCAGUGGCUAUAUCUGUUGCAGUAGAAAAUGAGGUUGUAGACAUUGAGAAAGCAAUUUGUUCACUUACCCCCCAAAUACAAAAGGAGAGAGUGAUGAGAUGUGCGGAAGCAAUGCAAGAAUUUUCAUCUCCUAGCGGUUUUCUAACGGUUCAAAGAACAUCACAUGUAAGUGUACCAAACAGUCCUAUACUCCUAUCAGUGUUCUAGAGGCCGCCUCCUGCUUGAGCUAUUCAACUGCUGAUGAUUUGGGGGUUGGGUCAUGUGAAGUUGAGUCCUCUCAUGACAAUCCGAUUACAAAGAGGAGGAAGCUGGGAGAUUGAAAAAAGAAACAACCUGCGAGUACAAAACAAAUUGGAUGGUUUCAAUGAUAUGAUCAAGAAGUGGUUUGUAUGCUUAUUAGCAUUGAGGAGAAGCUGUCGGUUGUUAUAAAUGUUUUAAGACUUCUUGACAAAUCUUUGAAGGUGAUUUUUUUAGGAAAACAUGAUGAUGAUGAUGAUGAUGAUGAUGAUGAUGAUGAAGAUGAUCAGAACAUAGUUGUUUUUUUGUUUGUUUUUUCUUUCCUAUGAGUAUUAUUAUGUUAGAUAUGUUUGGUGUUUAUUUUUACAUUGUGAGGUCAUUUUUGUGGAAAAAAUGCAGAAACAGAGAAAAAGAGGAAGGGGACUUUUUUUUAGGAAUUGUUACUUCCUAGUGGUGUUGUGGUUUACAUAGCACUGUUUUGUGUAUAUAAAUUGGGAUUUGUGAAGGUUUCACAGUUAAUCCAGUGAAUUUAGAGGGGAUGGCCUCUCUAAGAUGGGGCUAUGUGAUAUAUAAAAAAGUUGACAACAUUCGAGACCGCAUCAUAAAUCAGGUAUUUACAUUUCUUUGUUAGAUGUUACUCCGUACAAUAUAGCACUUUGUUUGUCGAGGUUUACGAUGAGCGUGAAGGUUUUGUUUAUAUCAUUCCACAGUGGAUCUGUGAGUAUUCUAUACCUUCCGAGUCAAAUUUCUUACUAAUUUGGUAAAACAAGUUAGGCUGCAUUUGCUUUUUUAUUCGCAUUAUGUGAUGUAAACACCAAGCUUAUUGAUGCCUGUUAGAAACCUCCAAGAAAUCCAGAAUAAUCUCAGAAAAUUAAUGGGGAACAACUGAAAUCUUUAUUGAUGAAUAUGAUCGAUAACAGAGAGAAACAGUACAAAGGCCGAAGCCUCCCAAAGAGAAGAGAAAACAGAUUCUCUAAUCUUCCCAAGUCCCAAAACAGGAUGUCCAAAAGCCUCCUAAUUACUCCCACUUUACAUCUAUUUAUAGACCUCCGGCCACACCAGCUAUAGACAUUAUCUAAUAACCCCCAAAACACUUAUUACAACUUAUUCUAUUUAUUAUUAAUAUUCUCAGUAGGUCCCUAACAAAUCUCCCCCCUUAAACAUCCACCUUGCCCUCAAGGUGGGUGAUAGGACACAACCAAGAUCCCCAGUUUCCUCUUCAUCCUUAUGCCUCUCCCUUCCCAAUAUUUGAAUGCUUGCUGGCCCUGUAGCUUUGUUUCUUCCAUCUUCUUCCAUAUGUAUUUCACGGCAGUAAUACACAGUUGCAAGGAUAUGGUGACAUAAUGAUCCUUAAGUUUGUAAAGGAUAUAAUAUCUUAAAGAUGCCUGGCAGCUUACAGUCCUCACAAACAGUCUGGAAACUUCGGAUCCUGAUGUUAUGUGCUGCUGGAUGUCUACAGGGGCACCAGCACCACUUGGAGAAAAGAAAACUUGAGUGUUGAUUCUCUUUUUUAGGUGUAAUCUUGUUUCCUCAGGGAUAUUACUCAGCCUCUUUGCUUCCCUGACUGAGUUUGCAUCUAACUUGAUUAGCCCGAGUGAUGAGAAGGAAGCUAUGACCAUUCUCCCCAUUAAACUAUCCUUCAUUGCCAUCCUAAUGAACUUGAUCUUUUCAGAAUUUAUGGAGGAUAAGGCAUAGCAUGCUACCUCAUAGAGAGCAGCCACAACUUGCUUACAAAGAUCUUCAUCACUAUUCUGCAAUCGCUCACAGAAUGCAAACAUAUUCUGAUGAGUUUCAGCUAUACUUGGGCCAUAGAGCAAACCAGUUUUAACCUUUUCAUGAACACUCAUACAGACUUCCACUUUUUGAUCAAUCAAUCUCUUCAGAAAAUCCCUAUCUAACUGUUGAAAACCCACAUUGAUAACAAAUUUGGGUUUAGCCAAGAGGCCAGAAAACCAGCUACACAAUUCCAAUCUUAUACCCCGUCCUUCAGUUUCUGGGCUUAAUGAAUCAUCCAUGAGUUGCCUUCUGUUGGAAACAUCAACUACAACAGCUUGAUUCGUAAAGUCCAUAUCCACACACCUUGUAUUCAAUUGGUAUUCAAGAGUCAACUUAUCAGCCCCUUUCAUUCUAAGACUAUCAAACUUGUUUAAGGACUUCAUUCCUUCCAAAGUAAUGUUUAAUGACUGGCAGUACAUCAUUUCAUACUUUAAAACAUUAACCAAGUUCAUCUCGUGUAUGAAACUAGAAGCCAAUGAGGAUCUUGCCACACAAACUGCAGGAUUACAAACCUUAAGAAUCUUGAAAAUAUGGGUUCCCAAUUCUGACCUGAUAAGCCCGUACCUGGAGGGUUUGAUACAUGUGGGAAAAUAAGUGAUUGCUCCUGCUGCAGGUCCAAGAUUAACUGAAGAUUUCUCCUUACUUUCCUCGUUGCCAUAAGUGUGUGUAUCCUCCGUGGGCGGUAAUUGCUGAUUGACCAACUUCUGCUGCGCUUCUGGGGACUCAAAUAGAGAUUGCGAACUCAGGUUUUGUACUCGAUCUUUGCUCUUCUUUUUCUCCACUAUUUCGCGCUUCUCUUUCUCCAUUUUAUCGCGCUUCUCUUUCUCCAUUUUCACCAUUUUUCCGCUGGAAGCCUUAAGCGACAUCGAACCAGAAUGAACAGUUCGCGACUCCUCCAAUCUGGUCCUUCUUUCCUUCGCCCCAUCCCCUUCUACCGUUUCUUUGCUCUUCGUAUGCUUCUCCUUCGCUAAUUUUUCGCGCUCCAUCUUUUCCGCGGUCUUCUCCAUUUUUUUGUGCGAAGCCCUUCGAGAGUGCGAAACGGAAGAAACAGUUCGCGGUUCCUUCUGCGGUUCUUUCUGCGAAUUGGUGCUUAAUUUGCGAUGCGAUGCGUCAGAUGCAUAAGACCUUCUUUGCGACCUUUCUUGAUCUCUCGCCUCCUUUCUGGCGAUCAUCGUUGCCAAUAUCUCCAUAGUUCGUUGAUGAUUCCUCUUCAAGUCCUCCCAUCGUGCUUCCAUCUUUGCGCGCGUCAAAACUCAACCAGCUUUGGAUGUUUGUUUCUCUCAAGUAUUUCGUGAGGGAAGUGGUAAAUGACUGGAAAAAAAAGUUGCGCCUGUAGCUAUGUAUUUGUUAAGUUUUAAACGGUUUUAUCAGGAGAGCAACUUAACCACAGCCAAAAGUCUCAAGCUUUAAGUGGUUUUAUCAGGAGAGCAAGUAAUGCAAUUACGAACUUUGCUCACAGCUUUCAGGCCUUCCGGAGAUCCCGGGACAACCUUCUCCCUUCUAGCUACGUCGCUACUAGACAAGAUGUCAUAUGUGAUCGAGAGAAUGUGGAGUGAUUGUGGCUUCCUUUGCAGAGCACCUGUUAAUGGGAAAGCCAUUGAUUCUAGGUUGUGAGUAUGCAAACACGUGGAACAAGAGAUGUCAAUAUGUCGUUCGUUUGUGGCGAUUGGAGAAGGUGGAGGAAGCAUAAGAAUUGUUAUUAAUGUGGGAAUGUGUUUUUGUGGG